AUUAUAACCGAAGAAGAAGAACACGUGUUUCCGGUGUUUUCUCUUCAUCCCAUCCUGCAUGGGAAGCAACCUGUCUUGUAAAUACAUAGUUAUCAGUCAGCGAAAGGUGUGAAAAUGGUUCGUAAAUUAAAGCACCAUGAGCAGAAGUUGCUGAAGAAGGUGGACUUCAUUAACUGGGAGGUGGACAACAACCUACAGGAGGUCAAAGUGCUGCGGAAGUACCGCAUCGAGAAGAGAGAGGACUUCACCAAGUACAAUAAGCUGAGUCGUCACAUCAGAGAACUCGUCCAGAAAAUCCGAGACCUGGAUGAGAAGGAUGGCUUCAGAGCUCAGAGCACACACCAUCUGCUGGAGAAACUGUACAGUAUCGGUCUGACGCCCACCAAACAGAAUCUGUCCCUGACGGAGAAGGUCUCAGCUUCUUCAUUCUGCAGGAGGAGGCUGCCCAGCAUCAUGCUGAACCUCCGUAUGGCUCAGAACCUGAAGACCGCCAUCACCUUCAUCCAACAAGGACAUGUGCGAGUUGGCCCGGAGAUUAUCACAGACCCGGCAUUUCUCGUCACAAGAAAUAUGGAAGAUUUCGUCACUUGGGUGGACUCCUCUAAGAUCAAGCAGCAUGUCCUGAAUUAUAAUGAUGAGAGGGACGACUUUGAUCUAUUGGCAUAAAUCUGUGGUGUAAGCUCUUUUCAUCACCCCGGAGGAAAGGACUUUACUGUAAAAUAAGGAAAUCGACAACCCUCAAGGACACCUCUGAAUCUCCUACCAACUUGAAAAAUGUGGGAAGAAAACAAGUUCUCCUAAACAAGGACAGGAGUAGAUUACACAUUGUUCACCAAACAUCUCUUUUAGUGGUGCCAGCCUUAACCAUUCAGUUUCUGGAUUAAUUUCCUGCUCCCCCAUAAGAACACAGUCUCAGUUGUUUCCUCAUGUUCCCAGCAGAGCCCCCCCUGAGGGUCUGUCCCCCCCCUGGUCGUGCAGAGCAGCUCAGAGUUGUGAUGGUGACUGUUUUCCUCCUGUUCCUCAUGUUGUGUGAACAUGAGCUGCAUUCACAGGCUAUGUGAGCAAUCAUUCCUGUAUGUUAAGAGCCUGAACCAUAUGGGAAAACAAUCCAUCUUUUUUUUUUAUAUUGUCAUAACAAUAUGUCAGUAAAAGAUCAUUUUUGCUCCAUUCAAAUUUUUUAUAGUAAAAUGAUCAUGUGUUGUACCAAAAUGUUGUUUUGAAUGUGAAAUCUGUUGAAUAGCAUUUGUAGGCCCAGACAUCUCUGCAGCACUAAAAUACUUCAUACAAAUGGCCUUUGAGACAUAUUUUGCAUUUUACAAAAAUCGUAG